AAGCCCUGGGCUGCCCCACGCACCCUGGGCUCGCUUCGCCGGCGGCCGGUGGGGAUGAAGGUCAGCGCAGAAGAGUAGAGGCAAAGCAAAAAGAGUGUCCUUUUUAUUCUGCAAUCUAGAAGAAAAAAUCUCAUCCAAAGACAGAUCGAGUGCUGUUUUUCAACCCUAAUCUUUUGAACAAGAAUGAAACUAUUUAAAAAUUAAGAUGACAACAGAUCACGAAGAGCCCUGCGGUCCCAAUCAGAGGUCAUUUUGUCUGAAUGGGGGGAUUUGUUAUGUGAUACCUACUAUUCACAGCCCGUUUUGUAGAUGCAUUGAAAAUUAUACAGGAGCGCGUUGUGAAGAGGUUUUUCUCCCAAGCGCCAGCAUCCAAACUAAAAGUGAACUGUUUGCAGCUUUCGUGGUAGUGGCUGUUCUAGGAACACUUAUCAUCGGAGCCCUCUACUUCCUCUGCAGGAAGGGCCAUCUUCAGAGGGGCAGUUCAGCCCAGUAUGAUAUCAACCUGGUAGAGACAAGCAUCACCAGUACCCACAAUCAUGGAGACCACUGAAGAAACAUCAAAGUGAACCAAAGCCUUACUUCUGUUACAGAGGCAGAAAAUGAAACCCCGAAAGGACCCAUAUGGCCUUAUCCAAAGACAUUUUUGGUUGUCACAGCUG